CCUCUGUAGGGUUCGUAUUUUUCUGUCACUUCAGCUCCAACAUGAUAAAGUUCAGGUGCUCCGCUCUGAGAUCAGCUGCAGCUCUCUUGUCACCUGUUACACCUGCAGCUCAGAAUAAGACGUCUCCACUCUGUUUUCCUCUGCAGCACUGCCUGCGCUUCUCUUCAGCUCCCCAGCAGGAACACUCGACCUUCUAUGAGUUCCGCACCUACAGCAUCCACCCUCACCUGAACUCCGCCUUCCUCCAACUGACCAAUGAGAAGAUACACCUGCGCACCGCCCACUCACAGCUGAUUGGCUACUGGAGCAUUGAGUAUGGCGGCCUGAAUAAAGUCUUCCAUAUAUGGAAGUAUGACAGUUACUCUCAGCGGGCAGGUGUUCGCUCCGCCCUCUCUCAGGAUCCAUCCUGGCUGUCAGAUUACAUCUCAAAGGCGAUCCCGAUGUUGAAGUCUCAGGACAAUGAGGUCACCUACAUGCUGCCUUGGAGUCACCUGCAGGGGCCACCACAGGAAGGCGGUGUGUACGAGCUGGCUUCCUACAUGAUGCAUCCCGGCGGGCCGGCGGUUUGGGGCGACACCUUCCAGGCCUCGAUCAACUCCCAUGAUGCACCGGGGUAUGGCAAGCUGAUUGGAGCAUUCCACAACGAGUUCGGACCAAUGAACAGAGUUCACGCCCUCUGGUGGUUUGAGAGCGCUGACCAGCGAGCUGAGCUCCGACACAGAGCUCACACUGACCCACGCGUGGUCGCCGCAGUCAGGGGCAGCGUCGUUCACCUGGACUCUCAGGAGAACAAACUCAUGUUCCCCCUCCCCUUCUCUCCUCUAAAGUAACUUCCUGUCCUCACACCUGUGUCUCCAUGGUAACAGGGAAAAACACUUCCACAAAGUCAAACUGAUCUUCACUUUGUCCCCCG